GCAGGGGCUGCCACAGCAUGGGCUCGGGGAGCACGCUGAAGUUCGCCCUGUGCGAGGUGCUGCAGUUCGCGGGCAUGUGCGUGCCGCUCUUCGUCGUCAUGCAGAGGUUCGCCAUCAUCGUGGCUAAGGUUAAAAGUGUCAGGCAGCCCCCCAGUGAUGGAGGGACGGCCUACUGGCUGAUCGUGGCGUCCUCCAUCGCCUACGUGACCUCCACAGCCCUGCUGGUCUGGGUCCCCUUGAAGUACAUGCUGUUUGUGAAAAAGAAAUUCCUAGUUGGGAGGAGAAAGUGGAGGCCGGUGGCCCUGGUCUAUGUUAUCCUCUCAACAUUACCCUGCUUUGCUUUUCUCAUCGCCAGCUCAGAGGUGCAGAUCAGAAACAACUUAAAACACGACACCUUUACGGAGCUCCCUGUGUCGCUGGUCCUCUUCUCUCUCAUCUGCAUCGACAUUGUCGAAAGGAUUCGCCACUGUAGACUCACAGGACAGGCCAAUGACUUGGAGCGGGAUGCUGACAUCCCCACCACGGCCCUCACACACGUGGAGCAGGUCACUUCAGGGACGCCUGGAACGCCAGCAGCGGCCGCGGCAACAGCCCCUGCCACUGCGCCCACCGCACCAGGCCAGCAGAGCGAGAAGGACCAGAACAGUGCGGGGUCACGAUCAGAGGCCAAUGGGAUUGUUUCCGGGUUUCCAGGGAAUCAGGGACGGCAGUUUAGCAUCUCGGGCAUGAGCUCACGCUCUGCCAGCAUGACGGCACCGUACCACGUGUCGCCCUACGCAUACACGGGCCCGCUGCGCUUCCUGUGUGCCAGUGACGCGAGAGCUGAGAUGUUCGUUGAGAGCUUCCUGUUCUGGAUGGAUACAGUGGAGAUGGUUAGGUCAGCAGGACACCCGGCAUUGUACUUCUCUGGCUGGGUGUUCCCCAUCUACAUCUUCAGCUACCUGUCAUGCCUGAGGCUGGUGGUCAUGCCCCAUAGUCCCCUAUUAUCAUCUCUAGGCGUGGCCCUCCAGGACCUGCCCUUUCUGUUCAUCCGUAUUGGCCUCAUUGCCUUCUUUGGCUUCAUCACACCACUUCUGUACCUGAUGAAGAACUUGCUGGUCUGCUUGGCCUUUAUUUACUUCAACUUCAUGACCAAGCUGAGAAUCUUCAACACUGAGAGGAUGUUUUUCGGAUGAUUCGACAGCCAGAUGAUAGUACCUGGAACUAGACUGAGGAGUCACUGAGAGAAACUGUAGGUUCUCAUCAGUCCCCAUACAGAGUAGCAGAGGCACAUCAAGAGAAGAAGAUGUAAUUUGAUGUGACUCUGAUGAGACUGCUGAAAGGAGGAACAGAACAGGACUACAUUGGUGGUGCUUUUUGCAGGCCAAAAGGGAGCUCUUUUGCAAUGUGUUCCUGUGAAAGGAAGGACAACAUGAGCUGUCAGAGAGCUAAGUGUUGUCUCACUGUUAUCUUGUUUCCUACUUGUUCUUGUUGUUUUUUACCCCCCAUUCAUCCCCAACCUGAACCAUGGCACUUUGAGAAUGUAAAGAACAUGUCAAGUCACUUCUUACUGAUUUUAUAACACCGAACUACAGAUUUUUCUAUUACCAUAAAGUGCAGUGAAUGUGUAUGAGCAUAAGAAUAAUGUGAACAUCAAUGUUGUUGACAUCUCAGAUUUUUUUCUUUGCAAGGUUAUGAUCAUUAUACACAAAAUGAAAACAAAGCGUGAGUUUGUACCAAUGAU